AUGGAAUUGCCUCCUGGGUUGGCUGUCCAAGGUGAACAGAAAGUUUGUCGUCUUUUAAAGAGCCUUUAUGGCUUGAAGCAAGCUUCCAGGCAAUGGUAUGCCAAACUAUCCCAGGCCCUUCUUUCCUAUGGAUUUGUUCAAGGUAACUCUGAUUGUUCUCUAUUCAUUAAGAAAUCUGAAAGUUCUUUUAUGGCCUUAUUAGUCUAUGUGGAUGAUGUGCUAUUGGCAAGUGAUAGCAUUCUGGAAAUUGAAAGGUUGAAGACCUUUUUAGAUGCCAAGUUCACUAUUAAAGACUUAGGCCCACUGAAAUACUUUCUUGGCUUGGAAGUUGCAAGGUCCAAGACUAGUAUCUUCUUAUGCCAACGAAACUAUAUACUUGACAUACUUGAAGACACUGGUUUAACUAGAUCCAAACCUAUUGCCUUCCCUAUGGAAUCUACCCUCAAGUUAUCAGCAAAUGAUACCAAUUUCUAUGAAGAUCCAUCAGGUUACCGAAGACUCAUUGGCAGAUUAUUUUACUUAACUCUCACUAAGCCCGACUUAGCCUAUUCUGUAAAAGUACUCAGCCAAUUUUUAGCAAAACCUGCUGUUAGUCACCAUCAAGCAGGCAUUCGAGUACUGAGGUAUCUAAAGGCCAUACUAGGGCAAGGCUGUGUCGAUACUAGAAGAAGUGUCACUGGUUUUGCAAUUUUUCUUGGCAACUCAUUGAUUUCAUGGAAAUCAAAGAAACAAGUUACAGUUAGUCGAUCCUCUACAGAGGUAGAGUACCAAGCCCUUGCAACUGCCACCUGUGAAAUUCAAUGGCUUUUUAAUGCCUUGCAAGACCUGGAUAUCAAACAUUCACAGUCAGCUUUGCUAUAUACUGACAGUAAAUCAACAAUGCCCAUCACCACAAAUCCAGUUCAACAUGAGAGAACAAAACAUAUCUAG